UUCAGUUUUAAGGAAUAUGCACAUUCUAUCGUACCAAUGCGAGUCGGGAGUGAGGGAGCAGUCAAAGACUUUCUUUUUACACCCAACGAUAAACCUAGGAAAUUGAUCAAUAUUUCUCCAGCUGGGAUGAAUUUGAGGAUCGGUUCGACAUGGCACAAAAAAUUCGAAGGUGGACUAGCUAGAACUACAAAUGAGUACAUUUGCAGAAGAGAGUAUGGCCUUGACUUUCCUCAUAUAUUCACGCCAGAGUGUUCUGUAAAGCACAACCUUACAAACUCGGAUAAAAGUAUUUAUGCAAAAGUCACUGCUGAGGAUUUCCCAAGAAUGUUUACGGUGGCAAACCGCGAAGUCUGGCUUUGUAAAAAUAAUCAUGAUCCGAUCUACCGUGUAGUCAAUCUAGUUAUUGGAAGAGUGCCAAUAAAAAGCAUUGAACCAGAAGAUGACAUCAUUCUGAUACAUUCCAUUAAUAUAACUAAUGGAGUUAGUGUGAUUUUCAAAGAAGUCGGAUUCUUCAAAUUUUAUCUAUUAGAACGACAUGAUUUUGAAACCCCAUAUAUACUAAAAGAGGAUGAUACUGUCAGGGAAUCGAAAUUAGGAAAUUCUCUGUUUUGGGAUGGCAGAUAUAAGCUACCAAGAAUGGGAAUUUAUAAGAAUAUAAUCAACGCAAAAGGGUAUGACCUGAGAAUCGGAUCUAAAACAAGUGGACCAUUAAGUACUAAUGUUAACAAUCUUAAAUCCAGCUGUGAAGAGAGAGACCAUUCUCAUCAAGAUUUUCUUACUAAGUUGAGAUUAAAAAUGAUGGUGGAUGAUGUGGUUCAAAGCAAUAAGUUGAUUGAAGACAUUGAUGAGUCUCAACACUUUUUCAACUACAAAAAUAAAAGGGUUUGGAAAUGUAAGGAGAAAACAACUGAAAAAACUUUUUGGAUGAUAGUGAACGUGAUGGAGGUAUUGGUUGCGGUGCGUGUGGUGGAAACUUUCGAUGGUGUCGAAUUAGUCCAGAAACCAGCCAGCAAUGGCACAUUGAAACUUCUAGACAUUCAUGAAACAAAGUUUCUAGAUGAGAAUUAUAAUCCAGUGAUUUACCUGGGGCAGCUUGAGUAUAAAAAUAAUGAAGGCAUCGAUGAGGUAUAUCAAAAAAGACAGAGUGAUGGAGAAGUGCUGCGGAAGUCGUUGGAUGAGAUUGCCCACCGCCUGGGUGGCAGAGCAACACAGCACUGCUACACGAACCUACGUGACAUCAAUGUCAUAUAUCGUGAGUCGCAUGACGUCUUGCCCAAACAAUUGGACAAGAUCGUCGGUGACGGGGACAGCUUAUUGAAAUUCGAACUUCAUGUGACUAUUGAUGACAAGUCUGUCAAAACGGAAACCACACCUGGAUUCGCCCUUGAGUGAGUAAAGAUGUAGUGUAAUUUUGAAAGAACAGUCAUUGAAUAAAAUAAUCGUAUAAGUUUUCUCUGGUACAGUCAUAGAGAAAAGAUAGCGUAAGAUAUCUCAUGGUACGGUAUAGUGCGUUUAUCUUCCAAAUUUUACUGGACUCAAGCAUAGCCUAAGUCCUAGAC